UCAUUAGACUAGAUUAGACUCAGACUUUUCGCUCCCCACUAAAACCCUUCUCCAAACAUCCUCCAUUUGCGCAAGAUGCUGAAGCUUGGAUACUACAACAAUGGCGUCAAAGCCCUCAAAUUCAUCGAUUCUAUCCGUCAUCUUAUCUUCUAUUCAACCUCUACCUCAAUCAAAUCAAACCCUUAUUUCGGAAAUUACUUGAUCGAACAUCUUGGAUUUUCCAAACAACUUGCUCGUUCCACUUCCACCAAAUUCAACCAAAUCCAAUGUAGACGAAUAAAGAAGGUUAGUAGCUCCAAAUUCGUCUCUAAUGCAGAUUCAGUUCUUGCAUAUCUCAGACAAAAUGGAUUAAACGAUACCCAUAUUCGAAUUGUUGUUUCUUCUCUCCCCAAUAUUUUGGUUUCCAGGAUUAAACAAACCCUAAAACCUAAAGUUGAUUAUUUCAUGAAUUUUGGGUUUUCUAAAUCUGAUUUCGCCCAAGUUGUUUCGAUUAAUCCUUAUGUAUUGCUCAAUGGUCAGUUUAUUCGCGCAAUUGAAGCUUUGAAAGAUGUUAUGGGUUGUGAUAAUCAUGUAAAUAUAAUUAGAAUUAUGAAGAAAUCAAAUUGGAAUACAACUAGUGGUUUAUCAAAUAAUUUGAUACCUAAUGUUGCUGUAUUGCGUGAUUAUGGAAUUUCAAUUGAGUUAAUACGUGAUCGUUUGCUUGUGCACCCGCAUCCUUUUUUGAGGAGGACUGUGAUUUUUAAGGAUUUGUUGGUUAGAGUUGAGAAGGACUUGGGUAUUCCUCGUUAUUCGUCAAGGUUUCUGCUUGGCCUUCAUUUGCUAGCUAGCUUUAGUCAGAAUAAUAUUGAAUCAAAGAUUAAAAUGUUUGAGAGUUUUGGGUGGAUGAGGUCUGAUGUUAUGGAUCUUAUUAGGGCGAAUCCGUUUUGCUUGGCGUUGUCGGAAGCUAGGAUUAAGAAGUCGUUGGAGUUUCUUAUGAAUGAUUUGGUUUAUGAGCCGGCUUACAUAGCGUCUCAUAAUGUGAUGCUAGGUUAUAGUUUGGAGAAGAGAAUAGUGCCAAGAAAUAAAGUGUUGUUGGCUUUGAAAGAGAAAGGUUUGAUCAAGAUGCAUCACUCUUUAUAUACUACUUUAUUGUUGAGUGAGCCGCGUUUUUUGGAGAGGUAUGUGCUCCCAUUUGAGGAAGUUCAUGAAGUUUACGCUAAACACACUGGUCGUUCUCCUCUGCAGCCUCUAACUGAAGGAGGAGUAGGGGACAAAGAUGGACUCUAGAGAUGUGUACAGUUACCAAUUGCUGUUUGUUGAUACUUGCAUGAUCGAUUUCAGACUGAGGGAGAAGAUCAAAAUGUGUUUCGUACUUUGUUAUUUAUACAAAUCGACUGGAAGAUGCUGCCAAGGAUAUGCAAUGCACAACAAUCACAGAAGCAACAUCUCCAUAAAUAACCAAGGCGAAAUCUCAUAGUAUUAAUUUUUAGGCUUAUGAGAUAAAUCUGAAGCUGAUGAUAAAGCAGUAACUUAACGAGGAAAAAGCAAAGAAACCCUUACUGACAAUUAAUUCUGUUGCCGAAAAUCAACCCAAGGAUGGGAAUUGCAAAAAUCUUUGGACGUUAUAGUCAUUAGCAUUGUGUUUGGAAAAGGAAAUUGGGAGGGCGAGAUCAAAGAGGAGUAAACGAGGCAUUCCUUUUUUGGAUAUGGGAUGGAUCAAAACGGAGAAAAUUGGAGGGCGACAUCAAAGAGGAGGGCUCACGAGGCAUUCCUUCUUGCUACUUUUAGAGCUUGUUUCGAUUGAAGGAAACGCAGGGAAAGAAAGGUGAAGGAAGUGGAGGGAUGUAUUUUCCUCCAUUUAGAUACCAAAUGAGUAGGGAAGGAAUUGGAGCAGAGGGAUGAAUUCCUUCAUAUUUGGGAGAAAGAAACAAAUCCCACCAACAAUGGAAAGAUUUGAAAGGAAAACUCAUCACUCUUGCUUUCCUCUUCAUUUCCUUCCUCUGGAAAUUCUGGAAGACAAGUGUUGGUUACAGUUAUUCCUGGUGCUUUCCUCUCCUCCACCCUUGUUAUCUGAACAAUUUUGUCAAAAAGUAUAUAGAACGAUAAUGUCAUUUGAUGCCCAAUGGACAAUAGUGCUUAACUUUUAAAAUUAUGUGGCUGAUGAGUUUUAAAAGUACUCUGCUAGUGCACGAUGUCUGUUGUUAGUAGUUGCUUAGUAAAUACUCGUUGAUUCAUAAGAAGAGAAUUCUUAUAUAUUAAUGUUUAAUUAUUAAACUA